UCCAUUCGCAUUUCACAUCUACGAGUCUACGACACGUGCAUUGGUACAUUGGUGUAUUUUUUAUUAAUAAUUUACUAACAAUGAAAUUAGAAGAUAAAGACGAAGAGCUCAAACUAUUGCUUGAUUUUAAAGUCAAUGAUUGUCCUGAAGAUAAUGUUAUUCAUUAUAAAAACAUACUUGGUGAAUUAUCAAAAAAACUCGAGCUUGAUUCAAUUUUUAUAGCUGAAAAAUCAUUAGAUUUUAUUAUUAAAGAACAAAUUGUUGAUAAUUAUGAUAAUUGUAAAUUAUGGUUAGAUUUGGGAAUAGCAUCACUUUAUGUAUUUAUUCAGAUUAAUUGGACUGGUCCAGACGUAUCAAAUGAAUUACCAGCUUGGUGUAUUAAAAAAAGUGAAGAGGCUCUUGUUGAACUAUCUCUUGAUGAUCAGUGUAAUGAAAAUGUUAAAAAUCUUGAAUUAUUAUUACUUGGAAAAACAAUAUUUUCAAAUGAAAAUUUACAAAAAAUAUGUGUUACAACAUUUUGGUGGUUAUUUAGAGCAAAUGUCAUUCAUCAACGUAUACUUGAAGAAGAUUCAUCAAUAAUAAUUGAUGAAACUGAAAAAAUAAUUGAUAAAAUUUCUAAACAAGUUGAUAUAUGGAAUUUUACUGAUGAUAAUUAUCAUAAAACUUUAUUUAACAUUGAAGUAUCACAAUUUUGGUUAUUGUACAGAAGAGUACAGAAUGUUGAGACAAGUUUAAAAGACUGUGAGUCAUCAAGUAAAUUAAUAAUUGAAUUAAAUAGUGCAAUGGGAAAACGUACAAAAUAUCAAAUAAAUGAAAAACCACAAUUAUUUUUAUUAAUUAAAAAUGAAAAAACUAAUUAUGAUUUUAUAUCAUGUCCAAAACUUCCAAAAUCAGUUAAUUUAAAUGAUGAUUUACGUCUUGAAAAUAUACAUUUUUCUGAUGAUGUUGAAAGACCAAAACUUGGAACAAUUGAAGAAGCAAUUGUCUUAACAAAAUGUGUAUAUUUACAAAUAUAUCAACCACAUGAUAAAUUAACAGAAGAAGAAUUAAUGCCAUAUCUAAAUACAAUUAUUGAAAAUACAAAAAAUUGGUCAAUUAAAAUGGAAGCAUUAAGAAGAAGAUGUUUAUUAGAAAUGCGUGAUAAAAGAACAGUUGAACGUGCAUUAUCACAAUCAGAACAUUUACUUGGACAAUACAAUGAAACAAGUCCAAAUGUUGGACAUAGAAGUUAUCAAAUAUUUUCAAGUGGUAUGAAACCAAUAUGGUAUUUUAAAGAAAUUUUAGCUGAUUCAAUGUUAAAUUUAGGAAUGGUUAAGGGUGCAUUAAAACUUUAUCUUGAACUUCGUCAAUGGGAACAAGUUAUUGUUUGUUAUACAUUAUUAGAUUUACGUCACAAAGCUGCUGAAAUAAUACGUCAAGAAUUGAAUAAAAAUGAAACAGUUAAAUUAUGGUGUCUUCUUGGUGAUGCUGAACAAAAUACAAAACAUUAUGAAACAGCAUGGAAAUUAUCAAAUGAAAAAAGUAGUCGUGUACAACGUCAUUGGGGUUUCUAUUAUUUUUCAAAACAAAACUAUCCAGAAGCAAUACCACAUCUUAAACUAUCUGCUGAUUUAAAUAAUAUACAAGAAAAUGUAUGGAUACGUCUUGGUUUUGCAUCUCUUCAAGUUGAAAAUUGGAAUCUUGCAGCAACAUCAUACAGACGUUAUUGUGCACUUGAACAAACAAAUUUUGAAGCAUGGAAUAAUCUUGCAAAAGCAUAUAUUAAACUUGGUGACAAACCAAGAGCAUGGCGUUCAUUACAAGAUGCGGUCAAGUGUAAUUAUGAUAAGUGGGAAAUAUGGGAUAAUUUGAUGGUUGUUAGUAUUGAUCUUGGUUAUUUUUCAGAGGUGUUAAGAUGUUAUCAUCGUAUACUUGACCUAAAAGGUAAACAUGUUGAUAUACAAGUACUUGAAAUAUUAACAAAAUCAAUUAUUAAAAAUGUUAAAUGUAAAGAUUCUGAUGGUAAUGUUGAAAAUUCAAUGAAAUAUUUACUAAAAUCAUUAGAAUUUUAUGGUAGAUUAACAUCAUUGGUGCAUAAUGAUCCAGAUAUAUGGAGAUUUUAUGCUGAAUUAACAUUAUUACAAAAUACUGAUGUUAAUUAUCAAAAAGCAGCACAAUAUUUACAGAGAGCAUAUCGUGCAUCAGUUGCUGAUCCAAGAUGGUAUCAAAAUAUACAAAGUACUAAAAUUGUUUUAGAACUAUGUGACAGUCUUGCUGAUACGUGUUUAACUUGCUCAAUUAAAACAACACAAGAUACACAAAUACGAUCAAUACUUGGUAGUGCAAAAUUAUCAUUACAGUCUGUUAUUACAAAAGUUAAACAGGAAGAUUUAAUUAACAAUGAAGAUGUCAAUAUUUUACUUGAUAAAUUGGAAAAUAAAUUUAAAAUUAUUACGGAAAAAAUUGAUAAUGUUAAUCAAGUAUUGAAUUGAUUCAAAAUAAUAUUUUUUAACAAAUACAUCAAGUUAUUUUUCUUUUUUUUUCUUUUUAUAUAUCGAAACAUUUUGAUAUUAAUUAAUGAUAUUUUCAUAAACAAAAUGAAUAAUGUAAAAUAUGAUAAUUCAUUUCAUCACUUGUUAAAUUGAAUUUUAAUAAAUUAUAAUAUUUUACAAUACUUUUUUUUUAUAUUUACAAUUUUUCAUGUCACAUAAAAUUUGCCUAAGGCAUAUAUAUAUGACCUGUCCAAAAAAAAAGAAUUUUUUUUUUUGUACCCUCCUGAGGUCUAAAUUUGUUCUUUAUGAUGACACAAAAAAAAAAAAGGAA